AUGUCCUACUUCCGCAUAACCCUCCACCGCUCAGCCAUCGGCCUCCCCCAGCGCACCCGCGACGUGUUAUCUGCUCUCGGCCUCCACAAGCGCUCCCAGACCGUCUACCACCCCGUCGAGCCCCAAUUCGCAGGCAUGAUCAUGAAAGUGAAAGAACUCGUCAAAGUCGCCGAGGUCGACCGCAAGCUGGAAAAGUGGGAGGUCAAGGCUGAGAGGAGACCCGACAGCGGCUUCUACUUGGAAAAAAUGGCGCCGAGGAUGGAGGAUGGGGGGCAAAAGAUUGGGUCGAGGGUUUUGGCUAGACUUCGGGGGGAGGAGAGCGGGGAGAUGACAGUUGAGGGGGUUAGGACUGAGGGGGGUGGACAGGUUAGAUUAUGA